AUGGUUCUUCCAAGAAUGUUCUCCACUGCGUCUCGCAGCGCUUUCACUGCUGCUAAGAGAAAUGUCAUGUUCAACAGAAGCUUGGCCACCGCUGCUGCUGGUAGUGGUAAGGUUAGAGCCGUCAUUGGUGCCGUUGUCGACGUCCACUUUGACGAUGGUAACUUGCCAGCCAUUUUCAACGCCUUGAAGUUGAAGAACGGUGACCAGGACUUGGUCUUGGAGGUCGCCCAGCACUUGGGUGAGAACACCGUCAGAACCAUUGCCAUGGACGGUACCGAUGGUUUGGUCAGAGGCGAGGCUGUCACUGACACUGGUGCUCCAAUCUCCGUGCCUGUUGGUCGUGAGACUUUGGGUCGUAUCAUCAACGUUAUUGGUGAGCCAAUUGACGAGAGAGGACCAAUCAAGUCCAAGAAGAGAAACCCAAUCCACACUGACCCACCAACCUUCGUUGAGCAGUCUACUUCUGCUGAGGUUUUGGAGACUGGUAUUAAGGUUGUCGACUUGUUGGCCCCUUACGCCAGAGGUGGUAAGAUUGGUUUGUUCGGUGGUGCCGGUGUCGGUAAGACCGUCUUUAUCCAAGAGUUGAUUAACAACAUUGCCAAGGCCCACGGUGGUUUCUCUGUCUUUACCGGUGUCGGUGAGAGAACCAGAGAAGGUAACGAUUUGUACCGUGAAAUGCAGGAGACCGGUGUCAUCAACUUCGAGGGUGACUCCAAGGUCGCCUUGGUCUUCGGUCAGAUGAACGAGCCACCAGGAGCUAGAGCUAGAGUUGCUUUGACCGGUUUGACCAUUGCCGAAUACUUCAGAGAUGAAGAAGGUCAGGAUGUGUUGUUGUUCGUUGACAACAUUUUCAGAUUCACUCAGGCUGGUUCCGAGGUGUCCGCCUUGUUGGGUCGUAUUCCAUCUGCUGUCGGUUACCAGCCAACCUUGGCCACCGAUAUGGGUACCUUGCAAGAAAGAAUUACCACCACCAAGAAGGGUUCCGUCACCUCUGUCCAGGCCGUUUACGUGCCAGCUGAUGAUUUGACCGAUCCUGCCCCAGCUACCACUUUCGCUCACUUGGAUGCUACCACUGUGUUGUCUAGAGGUAUUUCCGAGUUGGGUAUCUACCCAGCUGUCGACCCAUUGGACUCCAAGUCUAGAUUGUUGGAUGCCUCUGUUGUCGGUAAGGAGCACUACGAUGUUGCUACCAACGUCCAGCAGACCUUGCAGGCCUACAAGUCCUUGCAGGAUAUCAUUGCCAUUUUGGGUAUGGAUGAAUUGUCCGAAGCCGACAAGUUGACUGUCGAGAGAGCUAGAAAGAUUCAGAGAUUCUUGUCCCAGCCAUUCGCCGUCGCCGAGGUUUUCACUGGUAUCGAGGGUAAGUUGGUCAGAUUGGAGGAGACCGUCAAGUCUUUCAAGGAGGUCUUGGAUGGUAAGUACGACCACUUGCCAGAGAACGCUUUCUACAUGGUUGGUGGCAUCGAGGACGCUGUUGCCAAGGCCGAGAAGAUGGCUGCUGAGGCCAAGUAA